GUAAUAGACCGCGCAUGCGCAAAAAACCUGGCUCAUCUAAUACAUGAUAGUCAUGAUACGCUGGUCGGUUUCAGUUUCGCGUAUACAAAGCAUGUAUUGUACAUUGAUAUGUCAUCUAUCCCCGCCGCUUUCUAAGAUAAUAUAGUAAAUUCACCGUAAUUCAAAUCCCCAAUAGGUUAUUUGUAACUUCACUGUCUUAAAUGGCAAUAAUUAAUGAAAAAGUAUAUAUUUUUCAACGCUUACUAAAAGCACGUAGUUGUUAUUGGUGAUCAUCAAACUUGUCCGAUAAUAAAAUUCAUUUAAAAACUAAAACUGUUUCAUUGUCGAACUGAAGGUUUAUACUAGUAAUAUUUCUAUUACUUUCGCUGCAAUUUAAUUUAUUCAACUAUAAUGUUAAUUUGAAGAUCUCAUUAAAGUACAAACAAACACUGAGCUCUAUUGUAACUUGUAUUGUACAAGUAAUGCAUAAUACAUUUAAUGGAUUGUUGUUUCUGUCAAAUAUUUGUAUUUUAGUAAAAGAUUUACUUUGUGAUAACAGAAUAACUGUAAAACACUCAUUCACGUAUUGUGGUUGACUGUAAUUUUAAAAUAGUAAUUCGCUUUAAGAAUACUAUCAUGAAAAGUCUAUUGAUUUUUGUACCUGAUAGCCUUUAUAAAGAAAAGCCAGGGUAUAUGUUUGGUAAAGUAAAAUAUGAUGAUGACACAGGAGUAAAAAAAUUUUAUGUAAUCGGAAUAUGUAGUAUUGAUAAUUUUGAAACAAUGAAAUUCAACAGUAAUAUAAUUGGAUAUUAUUCUGCAGCAGAACAUAAACGUGGAUAUGUGGAUAAAAAAUAUUUAGAUUGGAUUAAUAUAUAUUUACACCCGAGCUUGUCUUUUGGAGAAAAUAAGUAUGAUUAUAGUAUAAAGGGUAUUAUUAUCAACAAUAAAAAAAUUUCAACUUUACAUUGUCAUGCAGUUAUUACAGUAUACGAUCAAGUAGUACUUAGAGAAACAGAAUUAUUUAGUCAGAAAGCAAUAUUAGGAAAUCAUUUUUAUGAAUUAAUGGAAAUGAUACAAAACAAACAGGUUGAAGGAGAAUUACGAAAGAAGGGAAAAUUUACUUAUAUAAAAGAAACUCUAUUAAUCUAUCAUAUGUUUUUGUAUUUUUAUCCAAUUCUCCUACUUAGUAAAAUAACAAGUAAAUUAUUACCAAUAUUUAAAUAUUCUUUCCUUGGUUUACACGUUCAUGGAUGGUUGAAAAAUGUUAAAUGGAUGUUAAUUACUAUAAUAAAAAACAAGCGAUUUACAUUGAAAACUGGCAAUUAUGCUUUUGCAUUGAUAAUAGACAUGUUAUUGGGAAUAUUUAUUUUGCAAUUUUUAUUGCACUACUUUGAAUAUACAUUUCCAUCUGAAAUACUUUUGAGUAACGCAGAGAAAGUGGUGACAUUUUUAAAGGAUUUAAUACACUGGUUAAUGGGUGUACCAGCUGGAUUAAAAUUAAAUCAUGCCCUAAACAAUAUGCUUGGAAAAUUUUUUCUUUAUCAUAUACAUUUAUGGUGGACGUUCUUAAUAUUUAUGAACUCUGUAAUGGAUUUUGCUUUUGAAGUAUUAGUAUUAUUUGGAAGAUUGGGUAUCACGUUUCAAAUAGCAAUUGCAGCUGACCUUUUAGCUCUUGUCAGUUUUCAUGCAUACUGUAUUUAUGUAUAUGCAGCAAGGCUCUUCAAUAUUCAACUAAAGGGUAUUACUGCUUUAUUUCGAUUAUUUUUGGGUAAGAAAAUGAAUCCGUUGCGAGAGAGAGUUGAUUCUUGUCAAUAUCAACCAGACCAAUUGUUUGUGGGGACAUUAUUAUUUACGAUCUUGCUUUUUCUUAUGCCAACAACAUGGGUGUAUUAUGCAGUUUUUACCAUGCUUAGAUUAGCAUUGAUCAGUUUUGGAGGUUUUUUGACAAGAAUGAAAUUUUAUCUUCAAGUUAUGCCUGUGUACACAUUAUUUAAAUGGUUAUUUCAUUCUUAUAAUACACGUAGUAUUGUAAACAUUAAAGUACAUUCACACCAUGCAGAAGGGCCAAUAAUAUUAAUAAUGACCAUGGUGGUAGCACCAUGGAAUCAAACAUGGGAUAAGUGUAUACCAGAUACAAUUGAUCGACAUCCGCCCAUUGAAUGGAAUAAGAUAAUAAAUAAUAUAAUAUGGGAUAUUAAUAAUAAAAAAGAUUGCAAUACAGAUGCAUCGCAAGACGAUGUUAAUCAAAUAAAGGAAAUAAAUGAACAGAACAUGAUAUGCAAAAAAAGAAAGCAAAGAAAACAAAAAUCAAAUAUUAGUCAUAACUUAAAUGGUAUGUAUAAAGAAACAAUAAAGAAUGAUGAACAAGAAAAUAAUUUUUAUGAUAUACAAGAUCAGGAUCAAAAGGAAUCAAGUGACGAAGCAACUUCUCCGAAAAAAUGUCAAAGAACAAAUACUAUGAAUAUGGAUAAUAAUUUAGAAGGUACAACAGAAGCUCAUAAAAGCGAUAUAAAAAAGCCAAAACAACCUUCUAAACGGCAAUUGAAGAGAGAAAAGGCUGAGAAAAAAGAGAAUGAAAAGAGGGAGGCUAAUAGACUGGAAGCAAUGAAAAAGGGUUUAACCUAUGUUUCAAAGUGGAAACAUGCACAGAGCGAAUGGAAAUUUGAAAAACUAAGACAAAUUUGGUUAAUAGAUAACUUAUUAGACGAGACUUCCAUUCCAGACGACAUUUUUCCUACAGUUUUAGAAUAUUUUGAAGGGUGUAAAGGAAUGGCAAGAGAACAACUUUUAAAAAAAGGCAUGGACGUUAUAAAAAAAGUAGAGGAAAGUGAAGAAAAUAAAGAUGAAUUGGAAUCUGUUGCUUACCAAAGGGCAAGAAAACUUUUGCAAGCUUUACCUACUGAAACUUAAUUGAUUUAAAAUAUACCGAUGAAGCAACGCAUCAUUUUGUUUCAAAACUGAAACUAUAAUGAAUGUUAGAUGUAUUAGCAGAUUAAAUACUAGAUAUUGAAUUGCAUCUGAAAAUUUGAUUGAUACUUUGUUUAUAAAUUUUAAAUUUCACUGUUUUU